AUGAACUCCUCAGCACUACAGUUUGUACAGGUUAUCGACGAAAAUGGAGAAGACGUAGCUUUUUAUGAUGAUAUUGACCUGGACAUUACUCUUGAGAACUUCAGACAAUUACUGAUUAAAAAACUGGCAUAUGCUACUCUAGCUAAUGCUACUCCUACUUUCGACUCUACCUUCAAGAACGCACCAAUUUCUUUAACGCAGGAAAAUUUUCUGACACUACAGCAAGUCGCAUGUAAAUUGGAAUCUGGGGACAACAGAUUUAAAAUAACGUUAAAAUUCAGGAAUAAACAACACUGUUUUACUGAGAGCAGUGCUCCAGCUAAAAAACAACAAUGUGUACAAGAUGACCCAUCAACUUCGAAAUUAACAGCAUCAGGUGAAGCAACAAGCUCAAAGACGGGAGUGCAAAUUUUUAGUGAUAGUGAAGUCAAUGUGCCAUUCAUAUCUAAUUUCGAGAGGGAAAAGCGACUGUUUUGGAACACACUCGCUGCGAAGCUUGAUCAACACCCAAUCUAUGGUAACUGGACAGUACAAGAAAAGCAUGGGAUACUUGAUACAGAAUGGACUCUUAAGUUCACAGAGUUGCUCAAAGUCGAAGCCGAUAGACACAUAAUUAACUGCGGAAUUGAAAACACCCAAUACAUGAGCUUAGCCAAGAACCUGGAUAAGCUCGUAAAAGUUGAUUUUGAGCGGGCGGCUUGUUACAAGCGAAUUGAAAAUCAGAACAACGUUACGACUAAAGAUAAACAAAUAGUACAAAGUAUCGAAGCUCAAGAGAACAUUUUACACAAUAUAUUUAGCAAAAUAAAAAGUGCUCAAUCAGAUGUUGUGAAAUGCAUUAAUUGGCUUAAUACUAACAAAGAGCGUGAGGAGUUACAAGAUAAUUGUCAUCAGUCAGAUAUCGAAAUCGAAGACUUGAAAGUUGAAGAAAUUGAUGAAAUUGCUGAGACAACAAAAGAUGAAGACAAAAUCAUGAACUUUGAUUUGACAGAGUCAUAG